AUGUCGCCUGUCAGCUUCGCAGAUCUCCCCAACAAUACCAACUCGUCAUGGUGGAGAGACGCUGGGAUGCGUCGGGGUAUGCUCCACGUAUCCAUCCUCUACACCGCCGUUUACUCGCUCGGCUACGAUGGCUCUCUCUUGAACGGUCUGCAGGGUCUCCCGGCCUGGCAGAGUAACUACGAGCAGCCAGCCGGUGUCCAGCUUGGUCUCAUUGCCGCUACAUACUACUUGCCAAAGAUUCCCACCACCUUUGUUGUUGCCUGGAUGGUUGACCGCUUUGGUCGAAAGAUCCCUCUUUACGUCGGUGCGGUCUUCAUGCUGGCAGGUGCGAUCGUGGGAGGUCUCACCCACACUCGCGCCGAGCUCAUGGGCGCGAGGGUGCUCCUUGGUGUUGGUACUGCUUUUGCUCAAAUCACCGCUUGCUCUUUGAUCCCUGAGCUUGCCCACCCACGGGUCCGUCACAUGGCUGGAGGUUUCCUCAAUACCACUUACUUUAUCGGCUCCAUCUUCUCCUCCUGGCUGUGCUUCGCGAUGGUCUACUACCCCGGCGGCGGCAGCGACAACUGGUCUUGGCGUAUCCCCACCCUCCUACAAGGUAUCGGACCCGUCAUCCUCGCCGCCGGUGUGUGGUUCGUCCCCGAAUCCCCACGAUGGCUCGUCAACAAGGGCCGCACCGAGGAGGCUCAUGCUAUACUCGCCAAGUACCACGCCAACGGCGAGAUGCAAGACCAGCUGGUCCUGCUGGAGCUCCACGAGAUCAGCACCUCCGUCGAGAAGGAUCGCCAGACGGCCGCUGGGGGAUGGCUCUCCUUUUUCCAAACCGCUGGCAACCGUCGCCGUUUCUUUGUCAUCAUUAUGAUCGGUACGGCUACUCAGUGGAUUGGGAACGGUCUCGUCAAUUACUUUUUAAUCCCAAUUUUGCGCACUGUCAACAUCACGCAGCCCGCCCAGACGACCGGUAUCAACGGCGGUAUCGCCAUCUGGUCAUGGUUCGCUGCCAUGCUUGGCGCCUCACUUUCGGACAAAUUCGGCCGGCGGUCCCUCUUCCUCACAUCUCUCCUCGGCUGUCUCGCCUGCUUUGUCUUCAUCACGGCGCUCUCGGGCAGCUUCGCCUCGUCCGGCAACAAGAACACUGGCAUCGCUAUCAUCCCUUUCCUCUUCCUUUUCAACUCAUUCUACGCCAUCGCCUUCACACCCAUCCCCCUCCUUUACGUACCCGAAAUUUCGCCCUUUGCGCUUCGGGCCAAGUCGGCGGCACUCCUCCUCCUCUCGCAGAACAUCGCACAGGCGUUCAACCAAUUUGUGAACCCUGUCGCCCUUGCCGCCAUAGCCUGGAAGUACUUCAUCGUCUACGUCGCGGUCAUCUCGCUCUACUUCGUCCUCUUCUACUUUUUCUGCCGAGAGACGAAGGGGUUGACUGUGGAGGAAGCUGGGCUCGUUUACGACUCGGCAGUCAUGCGGAAGCGCGGGGCGGAUAUGGAGGCUGCCGUUGAGGAGGAGGCGCAGGGGGAUGAGAAGGACAUUGGGGAUGGGAAGGAGAUAUCGGCGCACUUUGAGGAGAGGCGGAUUUAG